AUGCCGCGGGCAGGCCCCGCCUGUAUGACCUGCCGGGAGAAAUGUCGCAAGUGUGACCGCGGCCGACCCAGCUGCCAGCGAUGCAUCUCAAAGGGACUCGUAUGCCAAGGCUAUCCGGAUCAAUUCCGGUUUUGCGGAAUCGCGAGUCGAGGAAAAUGGAAGAAUGCGCGCAUCCCGGCCAACGAGAUGACUCUUCAGUCUCCCCCCGCCACGAGUCCACUUGAGCAGCAGACCGCAAGCGAGGGCUCGACCCCUCCCGCGCCGGUAUCACGAACCUCUAGAAGUAUGGCAAUUGAGUCCGUGCUUGUGCAACCGGUCGCGGAGGUUCGCGAUGAUCUUAAAUCUCUGCUGGCGUCUGCUCAGACUAAGGCGCUUCUUCAUCAUUAUGAUAGUUUCAUGGCCCCUCACCAGAUUGCAGAGAUUGGGGACGAACAAGAUAAUCCGUACAGAGCGUACAUCCUGCCCCUGGCGAAGAAGCAGAUUGGGCUUCUCUAUGCCGUCCUUGGGCUCUCUGCCGUGCAUCUAGGGAGACUCACAAGCAACAAGGCGCUUAUUGAAACGACUUCUGUGGAGUAUAGAGUCAAAGCAAUUCGUGCACUGAGUGAUCAGGUUCGCAAAGGGCAGAAUACCUCGCUGUCAGAGGAAGAGGAGGAUUGUGUGUUUGCCACGAUCCAGGUAAUGCUUUUACAUGAUAUUGCUGAGUCUGGAAUAUCGGAGCAUGGGAUACAUAUUACUGGAGCGAUGUCAGUAUGCAAACCUAUGCUGAUAUCGGAAGGCUUCAAUGGCCGUCGCCAGAGGGCGGUCUUUUUCAUAGGAAACUUGGCUUGGCUCGAUAUAAUCCGCUCCUUUGCCGGUACAAGACGACUCUGCUUCACACAAGAAAUACGCGAGAUGGUGGCAACCGCCGGCGGCCACAGAUUCGAACUUGUCAACGGAUGCCCGCGAGAAAUUUUUCUCAUCAUUGGUGCUGUGCUAGACAAAGCAAAAGAAUACAAAAUGGGCUGGACAUCUGAUGAGGACUUUCGGUCCACGCUCAUGUCGGCGAAGUUUGAACUACACGCUUGGGACCCAAAAGACAAAACGUAUCCAAGCUCAGACCCGCGGUGGAUCAGUGUAGCGAUCGCUUUCCAAUAUGCCUGCAUCCUGCACGUGCAUCGUCUACUCGAUCCGUCACAACCGGCCAGCAGCCCGGAAAUCCAAGCGGCCGUGGUCAAGACUCUCGACGCGACAGCCGAGAUCCCAUCGGAAUGUAGCUUGAUCGAGCUACUAAUUCUACCGCUAUUCAUGGCGGGUGCUGAUUCGCUAUCGCGGCAUUCCCAGUAUUAUGUUCUAUCGCGCUUUCGCGAGAUCGAAAGGAGAUCCGAGAUGCGCAACCCGGUUCCUGCAGAUUUGUUGAAGCAGGUGUGGGCUGCACGUGAGGCGGAAACGUCAGCGGCAGGCCACGAGGGGAACAUAUCUUGGAGGGAUUUUACUUGCUUCCCGGAAUUACCCCGACAGCAUGAUUACUUGAUUAUUUAG